AUGUUGCUUACUACUAGCCUCUGCUUGGUGUUGUUCCUCUGCUUGGUCAUCCUUGUACCGGAGCUCGUAUCCGGCCGUUCCAAUUGCGUUACAACGCCUUUGGGCAAAGUCCAUGCCUUAUUCAGCGUCAAAUGGACAUACCUUACUGGUCUCAUCAUCUUUCAGGUCAGUUCGCUAGUUUAUGUAUUACCCCCUAGCUCGAUAGCAACUAUUGCCGAUCGUACUGCUGUGGCUGUUGGAGGGGCUGCGUUGUACUAUAGGGCAAUUAGUAUCUUGGAGCUGGCCGCUCCGACAAAGCUACGUCCCGUCUUGAUUUUCAUCAUCUCAAGCAAGUAUACUUGGCAUGGCAUCAUUGGUGGGACCUCCUUUAGGUGGCGUGUUGACAGACUCAGCGAGAUUAACUUGGAGAAUGAUUUUCUGGGUCAUUGUGCCCCUUAG